AUGGCCACCGAACUUUGGUACGUAAUCACCUCACCUACUCCUUUUCCCAGCAUUCCAACCAUUCCCUUCUUCGGUGCCCUUGGCUGCACCUCAGCCAUCGUCUUCACCUGCUUCGGAGCUGCCUAUGGAACUGCCAAGGCUGGUGUCGGUGUCUGUGGAAUGGCCGUCCUCAGACCUGACCUGAUCGUCAAGAACAUUGUCCCCAUUGUCAUGGCGGGUAUCAUCGGUAUCUACGGCCUGGUCGUGUCGGUCCUGAUUGCAAACGACUUGGGACAGAAGGUCCCCUUGUACACUGGUUUCAUUCAGCUGGGAGCAGGUCUCGCCGUCGGUUUGGCUGGUAUGGCAGCUGGUUUUGCCAUUGGUAUCGUUGGUGACGCAGGUGUUCGUGGAACUGCUCAACAGCCCCGUCUCUAUGUCGGAAUGAUUUUGAUUCUCAUUUUCGCUGAAGUCUUGGGUCUGUACGGUCUUAUCGUUGCUCUUCUGAUGAACUCCCGUUCGAGGAUCGACGCCACCUGCUAAACGAACCCUCCUUCGUUCCGCGCGAAAUGGCCCAAGUGAACACCCGCCCGAGGAUGCCAAUCACCCACUAUUCUCGGAUACGACGAAAAGAGCCCGGGUUGCUCAACAUGUGUUAACGUGAUGCGGUUAUUUUGACUUAUGUUUUCAGACUUUAUUUGCCGACAAUGACGGUUCCCGUCAUUGUCCCGAUGACAGCUGGAGGGGUUGUGGAGGAAGUGGAUUACUAGGGGAUUGGAAAGAGAAAACGGACGUUGAAUAAACAUAUGCUUUCUCUUUCACUCAACAACACCCCCAAAUAACAAAGGACAAGACAUAAUUGGAUGUGCUAGCUAAGUUUGUAGACUAGGACAGGGUGGAAGGCUGUGGUAGAUAC